GAUGGUUCCUGCCAACCACAAGUACUUCCUGCUCAACGACCUGGCGUCGUCUCGGGACUACGAGCUGUGUGUUCUGGCCGUGUACGACGACGGCAUCACCACCCUGACGGGCACCAAGCUGGUGGGCUGCGUGUCCUUCACCACGGACUCCGAGUACGGACGCUGCCACUCCAUCCGGGACCAGUUCCUGGGCGGCACCAUGAUCAUCAUCAUCGGCGGGAUCAUCGUGGCCUCCGUGCUCGUCUUCAUCUUCAUCCUGCUGAUGAAGUACAAGCUCCACAGCAACCACUACAAGCAAAAAGCCGUCGCUCGCCACGCCAACGUCUGCUCGCAGACCAAUGGAGGAGGAGGAGGCGGGGCCAACAUCCUGGCUCUGCCUCCUUCCUCCUCCUCUGCAGGGCAAGUUGUUAUUAAAAACUCUCCACCGUCGGRGUCGACAGAAGCGAUGGGCGGAGCUUCUCUUCGAGGGACAACUGUAGUAGACUUAAAUCCUACUCAUGAUGAUGACACCAUUUCCCAAUAACACACAAGAAACUGUCGACGCCCUCUAACCUCUAACAACACACAAACUCUUCUUCUUCUUUUUGUUUUCAUUUUUUUACUUGUUACUUGUGCCUGGAGACAAACUCACUUUUCCAUCAUGGAGCAGCUCCGGUUCUUGCUUUCCUCACAGUCAGUGUUCGAGCUCRGGAGGAAGAGGAGUCUGAGGAGGUGAGUGAAGUGGGAGAUGUGGAUGAGCAGCAGCCAUUAGCAGACCUGCAGUCUAUAAGUGCUCAGUAAAUAUGGUCUGGUCUUGGUAAACAACAUUAUUCCUCUUUAUGGGGUCAUUAUAAAAAGGUCCGGUCCAGUUCUGUGCGCACACUGCUGCUGCUCCAUUAACUCAGGUUUCUCCUUCAUUAUAAAAGUCGUCUCUUUUCUUCCUCCUCCUCUUCCUUCCUCAUCACUUCAUCUCGUUAACACCUUUUGACUCUGGCUCUUUUCACAUCUUUACUUUUAGCUCUUCUUCCAGCUGAACUCUCUGUAGCUUUUAUCUCCUCACGUUCUCACCUUGUUUUAUGUUUCUUCUCCUUCAGUAUUUAUUUCCACAGUUCUUCUCCUCUUCCAUCCUCUUAGUUUUUCACCUUGAACUUUCCAGUUCUUUCUUUAAUGCACUUUCUUUGUCUUCAUUUAAUCUUUAACCCUGGAACUGUUGUUGUUAUUGUUGUUUACUUGUAAGCUUCAUUUCGCUCCAGAUGUUUGAAAACAUCUUUUCACAGACUAACUGUAGUUCACUCUGUAGCCUCCAAGGGGCGCCACUAAAACAAUAUUUACUAUAACCAGUCAUUCAUUAAACAUCAUUUAGGAAAUGUUUCAUUCAGAUUUCUUUAUAAUUCAUUUUUAAGUUCAGAUUAAAAUAAAAACCCUGAAAAUGAAACUUGUGUAAAAACCCAGUUUCCACACCGGAUCAGUAGUUUAUAAGACAAUAAAAUGAAAUUWAGUAGAAUUGCACAAUUUGCAUACAUUGUGCUCAAAGUGAGCCACGGAGUUCAGAAACGUAUGCAGACUGUAUUCAUUUGUUUGUAAAUGUAAAACAAUAUGUAAAAACCAUAACAUAAAAAAGUUAAUAAAAACACAAUUUAAUGA